AUGUCUGCCUUAAUUCCGGAACUCUGGGAUUCGAAUCGUCUCUCUUUUAUCCGCCACGUCUUGUCCCCUUCCAGGUUGGUGGCGGGGAAAUUUUCAAAGGAAAUCAUCAAGCCCUCCUCACCAACACCUCAUGACAAGAAACUCCACAACCUCUCGUUGCUCGAUCAAAUCGUCCCGCCAUUUUUCGUUGCCAUGGUCUUUUACUAUCCCAACCUCGAUAAACCGCCCAAAACCUCCGAGUCCGUUUACGAAACCACCCAAGCCCUUAAACAAUCCCUCUCCAAAACCCUAUCCCGCUUUUACCCCUUAGCCGGAAGGAUCCGAGACCAGUUCUCCAUCGACUGCAACGACGAGGGCGUCCCCUUCGUCGUAACCAAAUUCCACAAAAACCUCACAAAUUUCCUCAGAAAUCCCGAGCUUUCGGCCGAUCGGGCCCACCUCCCGGGCCAGCUCAACUUGGACGAUCCCGGCCUGGGUUCCGAGGUAGCCAUGUUCCAAGUCAACCAUUAUGAGUGCGGAGGCAUCGUGAUUGGCGCCCUUUUCCACCACAAGCUGGCCGAUGGGCACUCAAUGGGCCUUUUCAUGAAAGAUUGGGCCUCCAACACCCGCGACCCGCGGGCCUUGCGGCCCGGUCCGAUCUUCGACUUCAAUUCCUUUUUCCCACACAACCCGGCCAUGAAGAGGGACUCCCACGUGUACACCGUCGUGAAGAAGUAUUUCAAGGUCGGGAAGCCCGUCAUCAGACGCUACGCGUUCAAUGACGUGGCAAUAUCCAAGCUCAGGGCCAAGCUGGACGGUGGGCCCGCCCGGCCCACGAGGGUCGAGGUCGUGACAGCUGUCGUAUGGAAAUGGUUCAUGGCGGCCGUUGGUGCACGUGGGGACGAUAAUAAUAAUCCGGUGCCCCUCUCUGUCAUCACGCAUUUGGUCAACAUGAGGAAGAAGGUUGACCCGCCUUUUCUGGAGAACAGCUUUGGGAACUUCGUCUGGCUUCAGCCCGUCACGAGCCCGAACGACGGGCCCUGCAGAGACUUGGCCCGACUUUUUGGCAAGGUGCGUGGGGGAAUAAGUAAGGUGGAUUCAGGCUUUGUCGAGAGGAUGGCGGGCCGAGAUGGGUUCUCGGGCUAUGUGGAGAAUGUGAAGGACACGUGGAAGGAGUUUCCGGAGAAGGCGGAUUACGUGUCGUGCUCGAGCUGGUGCAACUUCGGGCUUUACGGUGUGGAUUUCGGGUGGGGAAAGCCCGUUUGGAUUACGAAGGGCCAUGCGGAUAGCGAGAGCGAGUGGCCGUUUUUGAAUGUGCUUUGGCUUAUGGACACGAGAGGAGGGGACGGGAUUGAGGCGUGGUUGACUUUGGACGAGCACUAUGCGGCGGCGUUUGACCAGGUCAAAGAGUUUCGUGAUCUGGCUAUGGUCAACCCUAGCCCGUUGGAUCUUGCAGGCAUCAAUUAA